CCAUUCCAGGGACGUGAACAAUCGUAUAUGAAUUCGUUGAUUGCAAGAGGCUUUGUGUAUAGACUUUUGACUCGGCGCUCGACCACUCCUGUCUAGACAAGCAAGCUCUUCUGGCGUAGACGGGUCCAUUUUUCCCUUGUUUCUCAGUAAACUCUAUUCGAGGGAGGGAUGGGGUCCGAGAAGGGUCAAAAAGGUUUAGUAAAGUCCAGCGCGGAGUACUGACAGGCGAAACAAACAAACUGGUACAUCAAAGCCGCUUUCCUUCCUCUCUGACUGCUGACAGGAGCUUCAUGUUGAUCUCGGGUCCGCCCACUCUACUCACACUUUACACUGACAGGAAUGGGACACUCCUCCUCAUCCCCCCACACUGAUCCAGGACCCUCCUCCCUUACCACAAACUGACAGUAGCCGGGACUCUUCGAACACGUUGUUUUAGUUCUCCUCUAGUUCCCGGGACUCCUCUAACACUGCUGGAACCUGAACUAACAAGAGUCAGACGAGUCACUUCCCGGAUCAGCCCGCAGAUAACAGCUGUCCUGUACUACGCACCGUGCGGUGCUCCCACUCUUCAUACAGUGCCGUGUUGCUGCAAACUACAGUCCACCGCUUUGGAAACAAGCAAGCCACCUCCCCUUUAGUGCAGUACAACGAAUCAAUGGUGUAUCAGACCAAAGGAAAAAUUUGAGACCUUCAAACAUGGAAUGUCUUUAGAAUGCAUGAAUGAAGAUUGAAAAGAUGACCUUGCCAUAUAGAUCCUACUUAAUAUAGUAUGGUUCAUGCCACAAGCAAUACAGGUGCUGAUCUUAAAGACCGAUACACAUUCCAUGUAGCAUAAAGUGAACGAUUCAAAGGAUGAGUGAUGUUACAAUACCAUCCAAGAUGCGCAAAGGACUACAGAAGGAUCCUGACUUAGCUGACCUCUUUUGCAAAGAGGACCCUGAUAAAGUUUUUGUGGAUCUACAUGAAAUUGGCCAUGGCAGCUUUGGAGCAGUUUAUUUUGCAACUAAUUCCGUGACUAAUGAAGUGGUUGCUAUUAAGAAGAUGACCUAUAGUGGGAAGCAAAUGAAUGAGAAAUGGCAGGAUAUAAUAAAGGAAGUAAAAUUUCUACAACAAUUGAAGCAUCCCAACACCAUUGAGUACAAAGGCUGCUACUUGAAGGAGCAUACUGCAUGGCUGGUGAUGGAGUACUGUCUGGGAUCUGCAUCAGAUUUGCUAGAAGUUCAUAAAAAGCCACUUCAGGAAGUUGAAAUAGCUGCCAUUACCCAUGGUGCCUUGCAAGGGCUUGCCUAUCUGCAUUCUCAAAACAUGAUUCAUAGAGAUGUAAAAGCUGGAAAUAUUUUGCUUACUGAGCCAGGACAGGUAAAAUUAGCAGAUUUUGGAUCCGCGUCUAUAGCUUCCCCUGCCAAUUCAUUUGUGGGAACACCAUACUGGAUGGCUCCCGAAGUUAUUUUAGCUAUGGACGAGGGGCAGUAUGAAGGGAAAGUAGAUAUAUGGUCUCUGGGGAUCACUUGUAUAGAAUUAGCUGAAAGGAAGCCUCCUCUCUUUAACAUGAACGCAAUGAGUGCCUUAUAUCACAUAGCCCAGAAUGAGUCCCCAACACUACAGUCAAAUGAAUGGACAGACCCAUUCAGGGGGUUUGUGGACUACUGCCUACAGAAAAUACCUCAUGAACGGCCUACAUCAGCAGAGCUGCUUCGGCAUGACUUUGUGCGACGGGAAAGGCCGCAACGGGUCCUAAUAGACCUAAUCCAGCGAACAAAAGAUGCUGUAAGAGAGCUGGACAACUUGCAGUACAGGAAAAUGAAAAAAAUCCUCUUUCAGGAGUCACGGAAUGGGCCAUUAAAUGAAUCCCAGGAAGAUGAUGAGGACAGUGAGCAUGGAAGUGGCCUCACCAGAAAGAUGGACAGUCUUGGCAGCAAUCAUUCCAUCCCAAGCAUGUCGGUCAGUACGGGUAGCCAGAGCAGUAGUGUGAACAGCAUGCAGGAGGUGAUGGAUGAUGGGAGCCCUGAUAUAGUCUUAAUGCCGAGUCUCAGUUGCAGUUUUGAUUCAACCUCUUCCCUGGUUCCUAGGAAGGAUCAUGCAUUCAUAAGGGAUGAGGCGGACCACAGGGAUCCCAGGCCUGAGCUGCGGCCUACCCAGUCAGUGCAAAGUCAGGCACUUCAUUACCGGACCCGCGAGCGAUUCGCUACAAUCAAAUCAGCAUCUUUGGUUACAAGGCAGAUCCAUGAGCAUGAGCAGGAGAACGAGUUGCGGGAACAGAUGUCAGGAUAUAAGCGGAUGCGGCGCCAGCACCAGAAGCAGCUGAUCGCCCUGGAGAAUAAGCUGAAGGCUGAGAUGGACGAGCACCGCCUUAAGCUGCAGAAGGAGGUGGAGACUCAUGCCAACAACUCGUCCAUCGAGCUGGAAAAGCUUUCCAAGAGGCAAAUAGUAGGCAUGGAUAAAGAGGAGAUGAAUGAAGACCAUAGCACGCCUAAGAAAGAGAAGCAGGAACGUAUAUCAAAACAUAAAGAGAACCUCCAGCACACUCAGGCUGAGGAAGAAGCUCAGCUCCUUAGCCAACAAAGACUGUAUUAUGAGAAAAACUGCCGACUCUUUAAGAGGAAGAUUAUGAUAAAGAGACACGAGGUGGAGCAGCAGCACAUCCGUGAGGAACUCAAUAAAAAGAGAACCCAGAAGGAAAUGGAGCAUGCAAUGCUGAUCCGGCACGAUGAGUCCACUAGAGAACUAGAGUACCGGCAGCUGCACAUGCUGCAAAAGCUUCGGAUGGACUUGAUACGUCUGCAGCAUCAGACUGAACUUGAAAACCAGUUGGAAUAUAAUAAGCGCAGGGAAAGGGAAUUGCAUCGGAAACAUGUAAUGGAACUCCGGCAGCAACCCAAAAAUUUAAAGGUGAUGGAAAUGCAGAUAAAGAAACAGUUCCAGGACACAUGUAAAGUGCAAACCAAGCAGUACAAGGCCCUGAAGAAUCACCAGCUGGAGGUAUCCCCAAAGUGUGAGCACAAGACAAUACUCAAGUCCCUGAAAGACGAGCAGACGCGCAAAUUGGCCAUUCUGGCUGAGCAGUAUGAGCAAAGUAUCAAUGAAAUGAUGGCCUCCCAAGCGCUGCGACUGGAUGAGGCUCAAGAAGCAGAAUGCCAGGCACUUAGGCAGCAACUUCAGCAGGAGAUGGAGCUGCUUAAUGCUUACCAGAGCAAGAUCAAGAUGCAAACUGAGGCACAACAUGAGCGGGAACUGCAGAAGUUGGAACAGAGGGUGUCCCUCCGUAGAGCGCACCUUGAACAGAAGAUUGAAGAGGAGUUGGCUGCCCUUCAGAAAGAGCGCAGCGAAAGAAUAAAGCAUCUAUUUGAACGCCAAGAAAGAGAAAUCGAGACAUUCGAUAUGGAAAGUUUACGAAUGGGCUUUGGAAAUCUGGUGACGUUAGAAUAUCCCAAGGAGGACUAUAGAUGAGAGAGGCCAGUUUUUGCCAUUCAAAUAAAAUAACAAUAAUAUUAUUAACAAUGACAGCAAGGAGAACCUGCAAAACGUACAUUCCCCAUUUUAACGGGCGUGCUCUCUCUCUCUCUCUCUUCUCUCUCCCUCCCUUUCUCUCUGUUUCUAUCUUUCUCUCUGACGUCCGUCGGACACUAGUGCCUGUAAUUCUUUUUACUCACCAGGGUGCCUCUGGGCAAAUCUGAGCACGGAGCGAGCUCCCUGGCAUACCUCUCAAGUGUCCCUGAUUGUCACUCAAAUUUUCAAUCCAUAAGAACACUGGUGCUUGUUAUAAAACCGAAGAUUCAAACAACGGAGAGGAGUCUUGAAGUUACAGUGGUGUUUUGUGUUGAAACUCUUCCCUUACUCAUAACCCCUUUUGCGGAAAGAGAUAACUUGAUUAUUCAAAGUUUUGUCCAUGAUGUUCCUUGGGGAAGAUGGUGAGAGGUAUAUGUGCUUGGUAUCUCACUAUAAAGAUUGAGAGGUAUGUAUUGCCUAUGCCUCUAAUGGAGGGCUUGUGAGGGUGAUAUUAUCCUUUGACAUUUCUUUGGAGAAGAUGAGUUGUGUGUCCUUGAUGUCUCUGAGUAAUUUAAGGGGCGAAAGCUGUGUAUGUGGUUUCUCAGCUGAGGCUAAAAUACAUGUAUCCCUGCAGUAUGGUGAGAAGUAUCAGUCCUUUAUUUCUUUGUAGAAGAUGGCUGUCCACAAUUUUGGUCAGUUUCAUAUGCCAUAAUGCACAACAGUUCUUAGAAUCUGUGUGAUUAACCCCUUCAGCCCUGAGCCAGUGUGGCAGUGUUAUAAAUGAUCUGAUGAUGACUUUUACCUUGUAUAAGCAUUGUGAUCAUGGACGGCUCUUGCAGAAGUUUGGUCACUGUGGAAUUAUCACCUCUGUUUUACUGGCUAGAUGUCCAGUGUCAGAGAUAUUGUGUCACCAAUCUUCUAAAGUGCCUGGAUCUUAAAAAUUGGAAGAAACUCAGGGAUGAAGUGAUUAAUAUAAUGAUGCUUAAUAACACAUCUUGAGAGACUAGAGAGAAAUAAGGAGAUAAUAUCAUUAAAGGGAUCCAACAGAAAUGUGAAUUGCUGUUGGUUGAAGCAACCUUUUACUCUGUUAAAGUGCAAAAAAUCAAUAUAUAAGAGAGAGAGAAGCAUAAAACUGCAGCCUUAAGGUUACUGCUGCUGCGUUAAACAUUGUUGUUUUUUGGUAUUUGUUCGUCAGGAAUAACAAAAGAAGAGAUUUUAUUAAACUAUUGAGGUUUGAUACAUUUUACAGAAACCAAUCAUGUUGUAUAUAUAUAUAGACAUAUUGUUGGGGGAAGCAGAAUUUGGGGAGGGUUGUUGGGCAGAUGGGGAGGGUAGAUUGUCUUGUGAUACUAAUUUUAUUUUUAUUUUAUUUUAAUUUUUUUUGUUUUGUUUUUUUAUUUUGUUUUUGUUUUUUUAUAUAAAGACCUAUUGCUGGCAGGAGCAGAAAUUGUCUUUGAAUUAUAAUUGCAUCUUUGUGCUUCAAAUUAACUGUAUUUUACUUUCUACUCCAGUCCUGGUUUUCAUAUUAAAUUGUAUAAAUUGCGGAAUGUUUCUUGAAUGACAAUAGACAAGAAUUAGAACUGAUGAUGAGCUAUACAUUGUAGUGUGCCAAAUGACACUUUUUUUUCUAGCAUGGUACAAUUUUAUAAAAUAUUUACUUUGAGUUAAAUUUGAGGCAAAUCAAAUCAAUACUGUUACAAAUUGUCUUCAUGUAAAUUCAGAAUGUUAAUACUAACGUGAUCUGUACAUGAGAUUUAAUAAUUGUAGAGGUUUUCAUUUCUAGAUACGCAGGCCUGCUAACCUAGUCAGCACAUGUUAGUGAACAAUAUUUGUAUCAAAGUUUGUACAUUCAUAUUACCAAGAUUAUUUUCAAUACCAUUUAAGAACCACAAAAUAUGAUUUAAUGGAAAUAAGAAUUCACACAUCCAUCACAGAAUGAAAUGUAAAUUUACACUUCCACCAAAUUACUCAUAUAAAGAAGUCCCUUUUUUCAGUCUUAUGAUACAUUUUAUGUCAUUUGCAAAACCCUGUAUUGUGCCGCACUGCUAUUAUUCUAGAAGCAACAAACAUUCUUAAAUAUGAAUAUAAUCGGUCAAAUACAUCAUCCCUAAUAAAUUAAAGAAAAAAAUAUUGGAUCAUC